UUUAAUUCAGCCGACGAAAUGAAACAAAUCUCAUGGCUGGAUGGAGAACUAAGAGCCAAGUCAAGGAUAUGGAGAGCAAGGAAAUGCCCCUUCCAACUCUGUCUCCUGCUGUUCCUGCCUUUGUGAAGCUGGGGCUGACUGUCGCUUACACUGUCUUUUACUCCUUGCUUUUUGUGUUUGUGUAUGUGCAGCUCUGGCUUAUCCUACGCUACAGACACAAGAGGUUUAGUUACCAGACGGUGUUUCUCUUCCUCUGCCUGCUCUGGGCUGCUCUGAGGACCAUCCUUUUUUCAUUUUAUUUCGAAGACUUUGUGCAGGCUAACUCGCUUGGUCCCUUUGCUUUCUGGUUACUUUACUGUUUCCCAGUUUGCCUCCAGUUCUUCACCUUAAGCUUGAUGAAUCUAUACUUCACUCAGGUGAUUUUCAAAGCAAAAUCCAAGUACUGCCCAGAGCUUCAAAAAUACAGGCUGCCCCUUCAGCUGAUUUUCCUGCUAGCCAGUCUCUUAUUCCUUGUGGUAAAUUUGACAUGUGCAUUGCUUGUGAAGAUCAUGCACUCCGAAACAAAGACCAUUGUGUUUGUCCGUGUAGCAAUCAAUGAUACCCUUUUUGUGCUGUGUGCAAUCUCACUGUCUGUGAGUCUCUACAAGAUUGCUAAAAUGUCCCUCGCCAAUAUAUAUUUAGAAUCUAAGGGGACAUCUCUGUGUCAGAUUGUGGUGGUGGGUGUGUUAAUUAUAUUACUGUACACAUCAAGAGCCUGCUACAACCUGGUUGCUAUCACACUCACCUCUUACAACCACAUCAACAUGUUUGAUUAUGACUGGUACAAAGUGUCUGAUCAGGCAGAUCUACAGAUCCAGUUGGGUGAUAAAGGAUAUCUAGUAUUCGGAGUGAUCCUAUUCAUCUGGGAACUGCUGCCAACGACUUUAGUUGUCUUCUUCUUUCGCGUAAGGAGACCCAUCCGAAAUCUGACAGGAAACGGAAUAUCGUGCAGUCAUGGAUUCACUUCCAGGGCUUUUUUCUUCGAUAAUCCUCGACGAUACGACAGUGAUGAAGACUUAGCCUGGACUGCCGCUUGUCACAGCGCACUCAGCAGCUCGUCAAGCAUAUCCCAAAUUAACGAUUACUAUGGAACCAAGAACCAAAGUUACAAUUAUGAGGAAUUUGCUUCCUUCGCUUCAGAUGCCCAGGUGUCAAUACAUGCAGAGAUCCAUCCGCAAAAUUCCCCAACACUCUUGACCUGAACAGGGAUCACGUCUCAAUAAGCUGAUCACCCAUUUUUUUUUUAAAACUAUCAAGUAUUUCAGAAACAAGCACAGUAAAAAUGGAUAACUAGAAUGAUGGUUGGUUUGGACCAUGUGUGUGUAUAAACACAAAAGUUUGUACUGAAUACUGUUUUACUGACAUAAUACUAACUUUGUAAAUAUGCUUUUUCUUGUAAAAAAUGUUUUUCCAUUUAUUUGUGUAAUUUAACCUUAUGUAUAGAUGUGAUUAAAAUUGCUUCAGUUUCUGUAAAUAUUGUACACUUACCACUUCAGAGCCUGCAAUGAAUCACAAUAAAUUUUAUCCUGU